UUUAGCACAUUAUUUACAUUUUGAGUGAGAUUGUGAUCAAAUGGCAUCUUCAAAAAAUUUGCUCUUUCUUAUUGGUGUUCUCUUUGCACUUGUGCUCCUCAUUUCCUCUGAUGCAGCAGCUGCAGAUCAGAAGAGCAAUAAAACCACUGGUGUCCACGAUGCCAGUUCAGGCGAGGUUCAUCAGGAUAGCAUAAGCGAAGAUCGUUGCACAUAUGGUUGCUGCCGCUGGUACAAUGGAUAUUGCCAAAGAUGCUGUCCACCUCGUGAGAAUUGCAGAUAUGGUUGCUGCAGCUGGUACAAUGGAUAUUGCCAAAGAUGCUGUCCACCUCCUGAGAAUUGCAGAUAUGGUUGCUGCCGCUGGUACAAUGGAUAUUGCCAAAGAUGCUGUCCACCUGCUGGGUAGACCCCUGAAGCUACAUCCGGAGAUGAGGUCAAAAAUUAAUGCUAAAUAAAUAAGGGUGUGACACAGGAUCCGUGACACCUAUAUUAUUACCUUAAUAUGUUAUGUUGUGUUUGCCUUUGAUGGUUGAUUUCCUAUAUGUGUAAAAGACUUGUGCGGCUUCUCUUUGAAUUGGUGUAGAAUCAACAGGGGAAGCAUGUAAUGAGUACUCAGUUCGAGUGCUCUUCUUAUGUUGUUGUCAUGUUGAAUAAAUAAAUCUACUUGAUCAUCUACUGCAAUUGAUGAUCUCUAUCUCAGUUACAUCAGAAA